GGUCUUAAAAUUACACAUGCCAAGCGGGAAGCUGAUAAUAAGGAAACGUUUAAAUGGCAACCUUCACUCAGGAGUAACAGUUAAUCUGUUAAUUUAGAAUAAAUAACUAUGUCAUUCAUCAUGCAAAUUAUCAAUUGAGUAAAUAUCUUUUAUCCUGAUAUCAGUUUUAGCCACAUCGCCCAGCUGUAUAGACCCAGUCCCAGCGUUACCUUCUGGUGCUCGUCUUGUCCGGCUUGAUCGCUGCCUUUUUGUUGAGGUCUCCCAGAGACGUGGACAGGUACAGGUCUCUGACCCCGUUGGACACGGCAGGCAUCUUAGCGGUUGUGUUCGGUCACAGGCGGGCAACCGUCAGUGAUGUGCAGCAGCUCCGGACAUCUCUGGAAACUAUGAGGUAAGGAGCUGGUGGACUACAUCACACAGUACCUGGGCUCCAUCCGGGAGAGGAGGGUGAUUCCAGAUGUGAAGCCUGGCUACAUGAAGGAGCUUCUCCCUGACGCGGCGCCUUCAGAGCCCGAGGACUGGGAGAGCAUCUUCAACGACAUCGAGAAAGUCAUCAUGCCGGGGGUGGUUCACUGGCAGAGCCCUCACAUGCACGCCUACUACCCCAGUCUGACCUCGUGGCCCUCGAUGCUCGGGGACAUGCUGGCCGACGCCAUCAACUGUGUGGGAUUCACCUGGGCCUCCAGCCCAGCGUGCACAGAGUUGGAAAUGCAUGUGAUGGACUGGUUGUGUAAAGCACUGGGGCUCCCCUCCUUCUUCCUGCAUCACCAUCCUGACAGCAGAGGUGGAGGCAUACUGCAGAGCACAGUCAGUGAGAGCACCCUCGUCGCUCUGCUGGCUGCCAGGAAGGACAAACUGCUGCAGCUGCGGUCUGAGCUCGACCAGGACGUGGACGACUCGGUCCUGAACGCCCGACUGGUGGCUUACGCUUCAGAUCAGGCCCAUUCCUCCGUGGAGAAGGCCGGUCUGAUCACUCUGGUGAAGAUCAGGUUCCUGCCCACGGAUGAGCAGUUGUCUCUGAGAGGAGACGUCCUGAAACAAGCCAUACAGGAAGACAGGAGGAUGGGACUGGUCCCUUUCAUGCUUUGUGCAACUUUGGGAAGUACAGGAGUGUGCGCCUUCGACAAGCUGUCUGAACUGGGACCAGUGUGUGCAGAGGAGGCCCUGUGGCUCCACGUUGAUGCUGCGUAUGCCGGCUCAGCGUACUUCUGUCCCGAGCUGCGCUGGUCGCUGGAGGGAAUCGAGUUUGCUCACUCGUUUGUCUUUAACCCCUCCAAGUGGAUGAUGGUCCACUUUGACUGCACGGCCUUCUGGGUGAAAGAUAAAUUCAAGCUGCAGCAGACCUUCAGUGUUGAUCCAGUUUAUCUCAGACAUGAAAACUCCCUGGCAGCCACUGACUUCAUGCAUUGGCAAAUUCCCCUCAGUCGACGUUUCCGUUCUCUCAAGCUCUGGUUUGUCAUGCGCUCCUUCGGGCUGAAAAACCUUCAGGCUCAUAUCAGACAUGGGAUUGAGAUGGCAAAGCUCUUAGAGUCGCACAUAAGGAGUGACCCACAUUUCGAGGUUCCGGCUGAGAGGCACCUCGGUCUGGUCGUCUUCUGUCUGAAAGGAGGAAAUGCUUUGACCCAGGAGCUGCUGAGGAGACUGACCCGGUCAGGCAGCAUGUACCUCAUCCCCGCAGACAUUCACACCAAACGCAUCAUCCGCUUCACAGUGACCUCACAGUUCACUACCGCAGAGGACAUCCUGAAGGACUGGGGUGUCAUCUCCAAAAUGGCCUCCACCCUUCUGGCGGAGACGCAGGGUCUGAAUAAUGCGGACCAACCAAAGACAGGGGAAGACGAGGUGAUUGUGGCAGAAGCGAACCAGGACCCAGACUCGGCCACCAGGUCUGAUGAGAAGGAGGACGCUGCGUCCAGGCUGGACAAAGCUCAAGUGGAGCUGUGGAUUGACAAGGCUUGGAACCGACCCAGGAGAACGAUGCGUUCUCUCAGCUGCAGCAGCGAGCCUCUGCCCUACACCUGCACAGUGUCUGGCUAUGACUUCGACACUCGGCCCAGUCUUAAAGAUGCUGCCGGGGGCCUCCCCACGCCAGCCACACCAGGAUCCGGGGCCAUGUACAAGAUCCCAGAGAUGCCUUCAAAUCUGGUGGGUAAACAGGUCCUGAAGAAGCUGACAAAGUUCUACAGCGUGCCCAGUUUCUGCAACCCGUGGGUGCAGUGCGGUCGGCACCAGCUGUGCUGCCCCUUGAACGUUUCACAAGUCGCUCAAAAACACUUGUCCUCGAGCUGCAGGAGAAUGAACUGUAUGACGUCUUCUCCCGUGGCCAUCACAGCUCCCUCUCCGAAUCCACUGGAAACCGCCUCUGCCCCCAAGCUCCUGUGAGGGUCCUCAGUGUACAGCAGCUCACAUCCUGUGUUUAUAACCUAUAGCAACUCACCGCUGUUUCGGUGCAGUCGCUUCUCGGUAAAUGCACAAUCACUACCUUCCAUUGUCCCUUGUGUUUUCAAAAUCUUUAUUAAAAUUUACACAAACAUGUCUCUAGAAAUGUUUCAAGAAUUCAAUUUUCAUAUGUCACAGUAUUGCUCACAAACAGGUUAUUUAGCAUUAUUCGGCCUCCUGCAACACAUAAAACGAGCAAAUGUGCUAUUUGAUGUUGACAGUCAAAUAAUGAAGCUGGAGGUCAUCAGAGCCGGUUUCUUCCCUCUGCGAUGGCGCUGUACAUCUCCUGAGUCAUGGGUACGUAGCCUUCACUGUCCUCCAGGAAGAACAGAGGAUCGCUGAUGAGGGCGGGGUUGAAGCCCUCCUCCCCCAGCUUCACCUUCAUUUGCUUAAAUGUCCCAGUUACUACCAGCGAAUUCUGCCAGAGCGAAA